AUGCGUCUGCCUUAUGCCCCCUCCACCCCCCCGGCCGAUGCGCCUGCCGAGACCGCGGACAUCUAUACCCGCAUCGCGGCGCGUAGGAAUCCGCGUCCCUUGAUUCCCCUCGAUCUGUCUCUGUUGCACAGCCCACCGGUCGCCGACGGCUGGAACAGCUUUCUCGGAGCAAUCCGCACCCGCACCAUUGUCGACAUCGGAAUCCUCGAACUGGCAGUGUGUCGCGUGGCCGUGCUCAAUCACGCUGUAUAUGAGUGGAACGCUCAUGCGCCGCUGGCUUUAAAGGGGGGAAUCAAGCCAGAAGAACUCCAGGCUGCUCGUACUUUGCCCUCGACAACCGAGGGGGACCUCGCCCAACUAGAGAGCAGUGCACUCACCCCGCGGCAGCGUGCGGUCCUGCGCUACACCGACCAAAUGACCGUUUCGAUCAAAGUCCAGGAUGAUGUGUUUGCGCAGCUUCAGACCGUCGGUUUCAACGACCGAGAGAUCGUCGAGCUCACGACCGGCAUUGCCGGAUACAACUGCGUGAGCCGUUUCCUGGUCGCCCUAGAUGUGGGCGAGAAUAAUGACCGUGAAAUGAAGAGCGUCGAAGAAUUGGCCGCUCUGCAGUGA